UGAAAAAAACUGCCCGUGACUCAAGCAGAGAGCCGUUAGCGUCGCGGCGCUCAAUCCAUGAGCGCGAGGGAUUGGGCGGGAGGAAAGACGGGAUUGGGCGAACGGUGGAGUGAAAGUGAAGCCGUGAGUCACGCACGAGAGAUGAAAAUCCACUUCACUUCACUUUACCUCAGCCGAGGACCCGCGCGCGCUGCUCUCUGACGGAAUUUAUCGCUGUUCUGGACAAAUAGUUUUCAUUUUUUACAGUUUAAGAAUGGCCUUCAUGGUGAAGCACGUCGUCGGAGGUCAGCUGAAGAAUCUGACCGGAGGUCUGACAGAAGAGAAAUCAGACGGAGAUAAAUCAGAGGCUAAAGGAAUGACACAAGAAGAGUUUGAACAGUAUCAACAACAGCUGGAGGAGGAGAAGCAAGAGCGAGAUGCCAAUUUUGCUCAGCGAAAGGCUGAGAGAGCUACAGUCAGAACUCACUUCAGAGACAAAUACAGACUGCCAAAGAAUGAGUUAGAUGAGUCUCAGAUUCAGGCUGCGCAAGAUGAUGUUGAACUUCCCACUGAACUGGCCAAGAUGAUCGCUGAAGAUAACCAGGAAGAAGAACACAAACAGUCUGUCCUGGGUCAUCUGACCAACAUCCAGAAUGUGGACAUGAACCAUCUGAAGGGAAAAGCUCAGGCCACACUGGAGGACCUGAAGAACUCUGCUGAGAAGUGUUCGCUCAUGUGAUCUCUCUCUCUCUCUCUCUCUUUAUCUCUCUCUAUUCCUGUCCUGCUGUCUGUCCUUAUCUGCUGUAUAUCUCCUUCAUCAUCAUCAUCAUCUCACUCACUGCCGUGUUCAUGUUUAAAUAUUCAGUGUGAUCUAUAGGACAUUGUUUCUUCAUUCACUAAUAUUGAAGUUUCUGCUCUUCUCGUGGUCUCUCAUAAAAUACAGUCUUUGUGAGAAUCUUUCCAUCAUGUUUCACCCCAACAUCACAAAAGAAAGAAAAUGUUUUUAUCAUGAAAAAAACUCCAUUUGCUCCAUUAGAUAUGGGGGAGUUUCAUACAUCACAAUGCAAAAAGUCCAAAUGGUCUCAGAGACGGGCUUUAUGUAGGUUAUGCAAAGUGUGUGUGUGCGUGCGUGUGUGUGCGUGCAUGUGUGUGUGUGCGUGCAUGUGUGUGUGCGUGCGUGUUGUUUUAUUUUUGAUUUUUGGGUGUAAAUGUGACCUUGACAGGGUUGUGAUAUUCAUCAGAUAAUCAACAGUCUGUGUCUGCUCCUUGCAGGCAUCUUUAUUAAAGCAAUAGUUUAGGUUUAUGAUGUUAAGGAGUUUUGGGGAAAUAAUCCAUCUGUCUGUAGGUCAUUAUAGUCAUUAAAUAUCUACAUGAAGACAUUUGACCCCUGCUGAAGUCAACACCCUUUGACCUUUCAUUGAGUGAUGCUGUUUUGUGCAGAUGCUUUGGUGUUGUCUGGUUCUUUCUCUUAGUUAUUUCAUAUACUCUCUGAAUUAUUUGAUCACUUCUGCGUGCAGGAACAGAUGGUCAUUUGUGAAGCGAAACUUUUGAUUAUUAAUGUGAGGUAUUUUUUGUGUGAUUUGUGUAUUUUGUGAGUCUGUUGUCAGUGUUGAUGAAGCCAUGCAGGUAUUAUGGUUUAGUAAUAAGCUGCUUCCAUCUAGUGAUAUUAAAAUGAUAAUAAAGCAAUAUUACAGUCUCUGAUCUAAAUGCAGGACAGAGCUGAUAGCCAAUAAUAUACAGGGAAUAAGUCUGAACAGAAAUUAAACGGUUGAUUUUCCCUUUAAUUUUGUUUUACAUGAUAUAUGAUAUAUUUGUAAUUUAUUUACCAAUGGCAAGAGUUGAUUUCUGUCGUUGUAUUUAUACCCUCGAUACCUUCAUUAUUUCCACAGUGGACUAGAAGUAAUGUUAUUAUCAGUGUAAUGUACUCAUGUCAUUUAUUCUGCUGUCAUUUUUAGACCUUGCUGAUUUUUGACUGACUGUUGAAACUGUAAUAAAUAUAUUUGUACUAAGA